CGGGAGAGCGAGGACAGAGGGCGGGGGCACCGGGAUGGCGGAGCAGAGGCGGCGGCUGGUGCGGCUGGCUGUGCUGGAGGAGCUCCGGGCCUCGUACGGGAUCAAAGUGAAGAGCGGGAGCUGCCUGGCGGCGGCAAAGGAGCCGGGAGCGGCGGCGGCGGAGGGUAAAAUCUUUGGAACAUCUUUUUAUGCGCUACCACGAUCACUUGUGCCAGAAUAUGGUUACAUUCCAAGCUUUCUUGUUGAGGCUUGUGAAUAUUUGGAAGAACACGUUCAUACUGAAGGACUCUUCAGAAAGUCUGGAUCUCUUGUUCGUUUAAAGGCUUUGAAGAGUAAACUGGAUCAGGGUGAGAACUGCCUCUCAGCUGCGCUGCCAUGUGAUGUUGCAGGGCUUCUCAAACAGUUCUUUAGAGAGCUGCCAGAACCCAUCCUUCCGCCUCACCUGCACGAAGGCCUUGUCAAAGCUCAGCAGCUCGGAAAUGAGAGGAAAAUUGCAACUGUGUUGCUGUCGUGUUUGAUGGCCGACAGAAUAAUUGAAACUUUGAGAUACUUUUUCAACUUUCUGAGAACUGUGUCAUUAAGAUCCAAUGAAAACAGAAUGGAUAGCAGUAAUCUGGCAGUGAUUUUUGCUCCCAACCUCUUGCACUCAAAUGAAAAUGAAAAGAUGUCAGCUAAUAUGGAAAAAAAAAUUCGCUUGCAAGCUGCUGUUGUGGAAACACUUAUUGACCAUGCAGCAGAAAUCGGGCAAGUACCAGAAUUUAUCUUGGAAAAGAUUCCUGCAAUGUUGGGCAUUGAUGUCUUUCAAUCUACUCCCUCACUGUGGGGCCAGGAAGACAGUGAAAAUGAAUCUCCCAGUGAAUGUAAGAGGAGGAGGCACCGAAGUGUUGGGGAUAUUGUUAGUGGAGCAUUGAAUAAAUUUAAAUCUAACAGAACACCCUCCACUACACCCCAGCAAGACAAAAGUGUCCUUUCAUCAGUGACUCCAGUGGUUCUUACUCCAAGUACCAAGCGUAAACUUCCAACUGAUUGCUCUCAGGGCUUGUCCAGCAAGAAGAGACGGUCUUUUAAGCAUAGUUUUGCCUUUGAGUUCUUACCAACUAGCAUUUUUAACAGCAGCUCAACACCAGCAUCAGUUCACUUUGAAGCAAGUCCCUGUGUGUCUCUUGAGUCAUCACAAACUUCACUAUCUCCUUCAACCAUGGGUGAAAAUCAUCUGUCUAGUACAGGGAACAGAAGAAGCAAAAGACUUGCAAACAAAAAGUUAUACAGGGCUGAAUCAGGAAAGACAGGUUGUUUUUCUCCUAAGAUAAGCCGAAAAGAAAUGGUUCGUAGGUCAUUGCGCUUGAAAUUUGGUUUGGGGAAAAGCAAUAGAGAACAGAAUAUUGUACCAGGAUGUACAGUUGGCAAUAGAUCUGAAAAUAUUGGAAGGCGUCUUGCAAGUCAGCAAGGUUUGGAAAGCAGAACGGAAUGUGUGAAAGGAGAUGGACUCUUCAGCCCGUAUAUCAAUGAAAAAUAUCCUAAGAAAGGUUCGAGGAAUGUAAGCAAGUCAGAAGAAAACUUGCUAACUCCAAAAUGUGACAAUAAGGUAGUUCACCGAAUGUCAUGGAAUAGUCCUGCUGUUAUGGAUUCUCAGGUGAUCAGUAAGAGUGAGCAGAUUCUGCCAGGACACCCUGAAAUGAGAGCUGGCUCUUCAGAAUCUGUUUCAUUAUCUGGAAAGCCACCAGUUGUUCCAGAUGAAUUCAAAUCCUCAACUGUAAGCAAACAAGACAACAGCUUGGAACUUGUGCUUUCUGAAGAGGAAAGUAAUUCAACUGCAGAAACAUUACUGAAAGUUAAGCAAGCCUUCUCUGCAUCUGGAAGUAUUUGUCACAAUUUGAUAGGUGAUAAAUCUUCCCUCAUGAAUGUAGCAAGUGAAACAUUAAAUGAAAUUCUGUGUGACACUGGGCUCAAUCCAGGGAAAGAAUUGUUAGCUGAAGAAGUUUCUGAAAAUCUAGGAAAUAUAAAAUCCAGAGAGCUGUUGCACCAAUUUAAUCAAUCUUCUGCUGCUGAUAAACAGCAGUCAAAAACCCCUGAAAUUAAAGUUUUGGAGAAAAGAAACUUCAAAACAUCUCUUGAGAUUGAACUUCAGGUCCCAAAACUAGAUACAAAAAAUGUAACAGAAUUUCCUGUGCCUCAAGUACCAGACAGGGAAGACAAGUUGACUGUUCAGAACAGUUCAACAAAAGAUGACUUAAACAAAUUAGAUUUCUUUGGAAGGAAAGAGGAAAUAGAAUUAAUACACUCACAAAAAGCUGAAAACUGUGUGGUAAAAUGCUGUAAUUUAGAAGAAGGUACUGCUAAACUUUCUUCGGCAGGACAGCUUCCUACUUCACAGUUGCCUAAAUUGCAAAAUAACGUAGGCAACCAAUACUUGAAAGCUGAAAAUUCUGAUAAAACUUUAACUAAAACAUCAACUGUUUCUGACCGUGGAAAGGUUUCUGACCACAUACAGUGGUUCAACAAGCUUUCAUUAAAUGAUCCAAGUUCUGCAAGCGAAACUAAACCACCUCUGAAGUUUCAACGUACUCCAGUUAGACAGUCUGUAAGAAGAAUGAAUUCUUUGUUGGAGGCUAACAGACGAUCUGUAAGCUCUCAGCCACUUAAAUCAAGCAGUGUUGGUUCGCCACUUGUUAAAUCUUUGAGCUGUGAUUCUGCACUAUUCUCCUGCACAGAAAAGCCCUCAAAGAGUUCCAUGGUUUUGCCAUGCAGGAGUGAAAGUAUGUGUGACCAAAUUUCUAUAUGUCAUAAGCAGCUAAACUUAACAUCCAAAUCACAUUGCAGGCCAUCAAAUCCAUCAGACAAGCCUGAUGUUUCUGUUAGAUCUGCUGGAAUCCAUGAUCAAAAAGUGACUGUUCAUCCAUCAAAGUCUGUUCUAGAAGAUCUAACCAAUCAUGAAACGGUUAAAUCUGGUUUGAAAGUUAAUGCAAAUAUAAAUAUUCAGGGUGUUGCCCCAGAAAAAUCUACAAUCACAAGAAGUGCUCCAGGAAAAGAAAGAGUUCGUUACAGAGGUUCUCCAAAGAAUCCAAUAUCUACAGUGAAAUUGCUACCAACUGCAAAGCCAGUAGACUUAUAAGACCAAAUAUCGUGGCUAAGUGGGUUCAUUGUAACUUGGUUAACCUUUUGAAAAACCUGAAUUUUAAUUUUUUUUUAGCUCUAAUUAUUUGUAAUUUUUGAUUUAUUUUAACUGUAUGAGUCAUGGAGAUGUACAAAUAUUAAUUU